AGAGGCUGUCCGGCGUCUGCCUCCGUCAUUUCCGCUUUUCACUCGCGUGCGUAGUUUCUUUUCCGGUUUGUCAACAUGGGUAUCGAUAUUAAUCAUAAGCAUGACAGGAAGGUUCGGCGAAAGGAGCCGAAAUCGCAGGAUGUGUAUUUACGUCUCCUCGUCAAGCUGUAUCGGUUCCUGGCGAGAAGAACGAAUUCCAAAUUCAACAAAAUUAUCCUGCGGAGACUCUUCAUGAGCAAAAUUCACCGACCACCCAUCUCACUUGCACGUGUUGUGCGAUUCAUGAAGAAACCUGGACGGGAGAACUGUCUCGCUGUGAUUGUUGGUACCGUCACUGAUGAUGCUAGGAUUUUUGAAAUUCCAAAGUUGACGGUAUGCGCUUUACGCGUGACCGAGAGAGCCCGGGCGCGCAUCUUGAAAGCCGGUGGUGACAUCAUCACCUUCGAUCAGUUGGCUCUACGCGCCCCGACCGGCAAGCGCACAGUUUUGAUGCAAGGACCGCGCAAGGCUCGCGAGAGCGUGAAGCACUUCGGUAAGGCACCGGGUGUACCGCACUCUCACACGAAACCGUACGUGCGGUCCAAGGGCCGAAAGUUUGAGAGGGCGAGAGGCCGUAGGCGCAGCUGUGGUUAUAAGAAAUAAACUGGAUGUAUAACGAAAACGCAACUUCGAGUGGUCACUCUUUCAUUCACAAUCAUUUUUCCACACGUUUGAUUGGCUUGGAAAAUAAAGGUUGGGUUAAUAACUA